AUGCUUAAGAAAAAAUUUAUGUUUAAUGAGUUUGAAAUUUGUUUCAUUUGUAUGGAAUCAUUUACAGAAUCAUCUAUACCAUUAUGUAAUCAUCGUAUUUGUCAAAAAUGUUCACUUCGCUUGCGAGCACUGUAUAAUAAUAUGAAUUGUGCUUAUUGUAAAACAUUUCAGCCUAAUGUUAUUUUUAGUAAGGGAUUAAUGAAUUAUAAUGAUUUCGAAUUAGAAAAGUUAUCAUAUAAAAAUGAUAAACUUGGGAUAUUUUUCGAAUCUUCGCAAUUAAUGGAAAAGGUUCUAUCUCUUUUAGAUUUUAGUUGUCCUGAAUUUGAUUGCAAUAUUGUAUGUAAUGAUUGGCAAGAUUUAAAAAAACACGCUAAAAAAAUUCAUGAAAAAUAUUUAUGUGAUCUUUGUGUUCAAAAUAAAAAAGUAUUUGUACAUGAGCAUAUAUUGUUUUCCAAGCAUGAUUUAGUAGCACAUAUUAAAAAAGGUGACUUUGGAAAUAAUAGGAAUAAAACAGGUUUUAAAGGACAUCCUGAUUGUGGUUUUUGUAAAAGAAACUUUUAUGAUGACGAUGAUCUUUAUAAACAUUGUCAGGAGUUUCAUGAACGAUGUCAUGUGUGCGAUCAGAUGGCUGGUCAAUUAAAACAUCAAUAUUAUUUGAAUUAUGAUUCUUUAGAGCAGCAUUUUCGAAGAGAUCAUUAUAUAUGUUUGGAAGUUGAAUGUCUUGAAAAAAAAUUUGUUGUUUUUGGUACAGAAUUUGAUCUUAAAGCACAUCAAUUAGAAGUACAUAAAAAUAAUUUAUCUUCAAAAGCCCUAAAGGGGGCUAGAAAGAUUCCUAUGUCUCUUAUAUUUGAUUGUCCUAAGAAUUUUAGGAAUGCAAAAGGGAAAAAUGUUGAUACUUCAAAUGAAUUACAGAAUUAUAAUGAGCAUAUGACAAGGGCUGAAAGAGCUUUAAAGAGACAAGAAGAAAAUGCAUUACGUAAAUUAAAGGAUUCUGGUACAUUUUUAGGUGAUACGGUAUCAACUAAUUCUUCUAUUCAAUCUAUAGUUGCUGGGCCAAGUAAUAGUCAUUUAUAUAAUUGUUCUGUGUUGGAUAAUUUAAAAGAUGAGGAAUUUCCUGAACUGGGUGAAUUAUCUCUUUUAAAUAAAAACAAUCUUAAUAACAUAUUUUUGUCUAGUUCUUUUAAUUAUGAUUCUAAAAUUGUUAGUCAAUAUUCUGUUGUAUUGAAUAAUAUAUCGGGUUUGUUUAAUGAUGCUGAAAAAACUAAACACUUUUGGUUUGGCAUUUCAGAAUUUUCUAAUUCUUCUAUAACUGCUACUCAAUUUGUGGAGUUUUUAUGGUUUUUAUUUAAUGAGAGGCUAGAAGAAAUAGGCAAAGUAUUGUCUCAGAUUGUUAAUCUUAUUCACAAUGAUGAUAAGAAAAAAGAGCUUUUUAUUGCAUGGAAUGAUUGGAAAAUUAAAAAUCAGACAGGAAAAACAUCAACAAAAAUAACAAAUGGUUCAUAUAUUGGCAGAAAUAAUUCCGAAACUUUCUUGGGAAGUUCUUAUACAGUAAAUUUUCCAUCUCUUUGUAGUAUUGAAAAAAAGCCUACUCAAUGUUUUCAUACAAAAAAUAUUUCCAAGUCUCGGAAUGUUUGGGAUUUUGUAGAUAAAAAAAAUAUUGUAGCUGAAAAGGAAAAAACAGAAUUAAAAAUGAAAGGUAGAAAGAAAAAUAAAAAAGGCACAGUUAUUUUUCAUGUAGGUUAG